AUGGAUCGAGAACCUUGUCCGUGGCGUAUUGUUGAUGAUUGUGGUGGCGCAUUUGCAUUAGGAGCAAUAGGUGGAACAUUUUUUCAUUCAAUCAAAGGAUUUCGUCAUGCUCCGAGUGGUUCAUAUAGACGAUUAAUUGGUAGUUUAAAUGGAGUAAAACAACGAGCUCCUCGUGUUGCAGCAUCAUUUGCUGCAUGGGGUUGUAUGUUUUCAUUAAUUGAUUGUAGUUUUGUGUAUCUAAGAAAAAAAGAAGAUCCAUGGAAUUCAAUUUUAAGUGGUGCAAUGACGGGUGCUAUUUUACAAGCGAGAUACGGACCUGGAGCAAUGAUUAGUUCAGCUAUUUUUGGUGGAUUUAUUCUUGCUAUGAUUGAAGGAACUGGUAUUUUGAUUACCCGUUAUAGUCAUAUGUUUAUGCCACAAGCAGCACCCGAAGAACCACUACCUGACAUUGAUAAAGGCAAAAUCGAUCUUUCUGUUCCACCGUUUUUCAGCUCGUCUCCUGGGCAAGCUUCUUCUGCAUCUGGUCAUUUUUCAUGA